ACAAGGGGUCAGUAAUGUAUAAAAACAGCAAACGCAUCUUAGAUCUCUCAUAAGUGAAAUCUCUCGUACAUCGGCGUUACGUUGUCUCGCGAAAAAAUUAUUGAAUUCUAUACAUCUAUUUAUAUAAGUGUUAUCAUGUUUUGUAAAAUGCCAAUAAGCUUACUUGCUAUAGCAUUUCUCUUCUUAAUCCUUAUUUCGGAUGGUGAAGCUCAGGUAAAUUUUUCUACUGGAUGGGGUCAGGGUAAAAGGAGCCAAGAUAUGCGGGUUAGAUCCAGUAACACGGAUUGUUUAUCGCAAAACACGUCACUGGAACAGUUAUUAAAAUUAUAUUCAUUUAUUCAGAUCGAAGCGCAGAGGAUCUUGGAUUGUCAAAACUUGAACAAAUGAAUCAGGACAGCAUCAUUGUUCUUAUGAAACAGAUUUGUGCCAGACUAUUCCCAGAGCCUAAACUAAGACAAUGAUAUUUGAAUAAAUACAUUAUAACUGCACAGAAUGUUAUAAUUUCUAAUUUUCCUUUCACCGUCAUUAAUUAAGAACUGAUGUACAUGAUACUAAUGUUUUAUUUUAUUUAUCUUAUCGUAUCAUGACAAAAUUUUCCUAUUAAAAGGCAUGAGCAUCUGAAACUGAUUAUUGCCAUCUGCUUGUUGCAUGCUUUGUACAUAUUUAUUUUAGUUAAUAUUGAAACAAGUGACGAACGACGUACAGCCGAUCUUUUUGCAAAAAAACAUUUAUUAUCGCAAAGUAUCUAUCUAUUAUAAACGUCGCAUUAUUGCAAAUGUAGUCUUAAAGAAUAAACGGAUAUUAAUUGUAAUCUGAA